CGAUAAUUCAUGAUUUUAUUUGCAUAUAUAAUUAUUAAUCAAAUGACAAUAUAUUGACUUUUUCGUUAAACUUAAAACUUUUAUCAUAUGCUUAUGAUGUUUCAAAGCAUCAUGUCCUUUGUUCAAGAUUUUCAUUUUAGUAAUUCGUUAAUUCGUGGAAUAACCAAAAAGAUCGCUGAUCGACAUGUUUUUUAUACAUCAAUAAAAAUAGAUAAUAUAAAUAUUUGGUGGGAAAUUUCACCCUGCUCAGGAUCUGCAAAGGAUCCAAAUAUGGUUUAGUAAGAAAAUAAUUAUCAG